AUGGCUUCAAAUUCAAGUUCAAGGAACCACACCAGCUCUAGCUUGAGUGAACAUUUCCUGUCCUACAGCAAGACAGUGUUUGUUGUUUUUUAUACUGUCUUCUUCCUCUUGGGCAUUCCAGGGAACAUCUUGUUGCUCUCUGUACUCAUCAGAGGUCUCCAAAGAAAAAGUGGCAGCCAUAUCUCCCGCUUGACUGAUCUUCUCUACAUCAACAUAGUCGCUCUUGAUCUCUUCUUCUUCUUCUACAGCCUCCUGGUGAUGUUUGGCAAUUCCGUUCUCAAGAACUGGCACUUGAAUCACCUGUUGUGUGUCACUAAUCACAUCUUGUCCUUAUGGAUCUCUUUCGCCAACUUCUAUAGUAUGCUGGCUAUUUCCCUCCUCCGCUAUACUGCUGUAAUCCAUCCAAUGCGAGUGGUAUCCAUUUCCUUAAAGCAGAUAGUUGGUGUUUGUGUGUUCAUUUGUAUCGUUUGCCUUUUGUUCACCAUUCCUGUUUGGAUUCAUUAUAAAAUGAUCCUCCUGGAAGGGGAAAUAUUUUGUGUGAACAAAAUGGAAAACAAAGAAAUGACCCUUUAUUUAAGACUCCUGGGAGGGAUGGUAUUCUUGCCUCCCAUGUUGCUGAUGAUGAUCUGCUACUCCAAGAUCAUCUUCAGCCUAAGGAUGAGGAGAGUAACAUCCAUUCAGACAGCUGCUACCUUGCAUAUUAAUUGGCGAGCUACAGUGAUGAUUUUGGUCAACUUGGUAGUACUUGUGAUCAUGUGGUUUCCAUACUGGCUAGUGAUUUUCUUCAUCAGGUAUGAAGAGUUGUUAAACACAGCUUGUAAGUAUAUAGCGUAUCACUUGACAUUCUUCCUGGCCUUUGCAAAUCGCUGCAUUAAUCCAUUUAUCUGCUUUUGUCUCUCUUUCCAAUUCCGAGCUAGAUUAAAGAAUCUCUUUCAGAGGGCAAAGAAAAGACAGAAUCAGCUAAGCACCAUCUACCUGGGUAGGAUAGAUAUUUUGGGUAGCUCAUCAUAA